AGGCCCGGGGAAGGCGUCGCGGGCCCUCGGGCGGCGCUCGGCGGAUCCUGGACGAGGAGGAGGGAGGCCGCUCCUGGCGACACUUGCAGGCUGUCCUGCAGCACAGACCUCGGCGGCCAUGGCGUCCAGGCCGGCUCCCCUCUGCGGCCUGGUUCCUUGCUGCCUCUGGCUCCUGGGGGUCUUCUUCCUGGUGGACGUGUCUGCCCGGCCUGCCAACCACUCAUCUGCUAGAGAGAGAGCAGGUAACAGGGAGGAAAAUGAGAUCCUGCCCCCGGACCACCUGAACGGGGUGAAGCUGGAGAUGGACGGGCACCUGAACAAGGACUUCCACCAGGAGGUGUUCCUGGGGAAGGAUACAAAGGGGUUCGAGGACGAUGCAGAGCCUCGGAGGAGCCGGAGGAAGCUGAUGGUCAUCUUCUCCAAGGUGGAUUUGAACACUGACAGGAAGAUCAGUGCCAAGGAGAUGCAGCAGUGGAUCAUGGAGAAGACGGCCGAGCACUUCCAGGAAGCCAUCGCGGAGAGCAAGGUGCACUUCCGCGCCGUAGACCCCGACGGCGAUGGCCACGUGUCAUGGGAUGAGUAUAAGGUGAAGUUUUUGGCCAGCAAAGGCCACAGUGAGAAAGAAGUUGCCGAGAAGAUAAAGAAUAAGUGGGAGCUGAACAUUGAUGAAGAGAACAACGGCCAGCCUCACCACAGACUUUCCCCUUCCCCGGAGCGCCGCGAGUCAGGGGCAGUGCAGCGUCUGGGGGAAGUCCUGGAGAACCUCAAAGACCGCUGGUAUCAGGCAGACAGCCCGCCCCCGGACCUGCUGCUGACCGAGGCCGAGUUCCUGUCCUUCCUCCACCCUGAGCACAGCCGCGGCAUGCUCCAGUUCAUGGUCAAGGAGAUCGUCCGGGACCUGGACCAGGAUGGUGACAAGAGGCUCUCGCUGCCCGAGUUCAUCUCCCUGCCCGUGGGCACUGUGGAAAACCAGCAGGGCCAGGACAUCGAUGACAGCUGGGUGAGGGACAGGAGGAGGGAGUUCGAGGAGCUGAUUGACGCCAACCACGACGGGGUGGUCACCAUGGCAGAGCUGGAGGACUACAUGGACCCCAUGAAUGAGUACAGCGCACUCAAUGAGGCCAAGCAGAUGAUCGCUAUUGCCGACGAGAACCAGAACCAGCACCUCGAGCCAGAGGAGGUCCUCAAGUACAGUGAGUUCUUCACUGGCAGCAAGCUGGUGGACUAUGCCCGCAGCGUGCACGAGGAGUUCUGAGUCGCCCCGCCCCUCCCUCUUCCCCCCCUCCCACCUGCCACCCGCCUGCUCGACUCUUCUGAGACGUGCUGAGCACCGCGUCCCGCAAACGUGCUUCGGUUCCCGCGUAAUCGCUGCAUCUCGCUUCUGAGAACUCAGAGCCCUUCUGCCGAAGGCACUGACCACAUCAGGGCCCCGGGCUUGCCACACCGUGGGAAAUAACACAGCUCCUGCUGUUUCCUUGAAAACUGAAAGAUUAAGAUGAUGUUUGAGUUGCUCUGCUGGAAACCAGCAGCUGGGUGCCGCUCCUCCCACUGUGUUGGGCGGGGCUGUGAGAAUCAUCUGGCCCAUGGUGUUCAGUCUCCGAGAAAAUGCGAGUACUUGUGACAGGAAUCACAUUAACUUACUUUAAAAUAUAGUUGCCUUUUUCUCCCA